UCUUUGGGAGUUGAGGACCUACAUUCCAGACGUAGUGCGCAGGGACCGGAUUGGGAUUGGACCUGCACCGGGGCCGCAGCACUGCAGCAUGGCAGGAGACAGUGAGACACGACUUCAGGACCAGGAGGAAAAUGGCAAUUCCAUCAGACAGCCGUUUCUUAUCGGGGUCUCAGGAGGCACAGCCAGUGGGAAGUCUUCGGUAUGUGCCAAGAUCAUGGAGAUGCUGGGGCAGAAUAAGAUCGAUCACCGGCAGCGUCAGGUCGCCACCCUGAGCCAGGACAGUUUCUACAAAGAGCUUACCCCUGAACAGAAGUCCAAAGCGGUGAAAGGGCAGUUCAAUUUCGAUCAUCCAGACGCCUUUGACAACGAGCUGAUCUUAAAGACGCUUCAUGACAUCAUCCAGGGGAAGACGGUCCAGAUCCCAGUGUACGACUUUGUCACGCAUUCCAGGAAGGAUGAGUUUGUGACGCUGUAUCCGGCUGACGUGGUUCUGUUCGAGGGAAUUCUCAUGUUUUACUUGCAGGAGAUCCGGGACCUGUUUCACAUGAAGCUGUUCGUAGACACCGAUCCAGACACACGGCUCUCUCGUAGAGUUCUACGAGACACCAGCGAGAGAGGACGUGAGCUGGAGCCAGUCUUGUCCCAGUACAUCAAUUUUGUAAAGCCAGCUUUUGAGGAAUUCUGUCUUCCAACUAAGAAAUAUGCAGAUGUCAUCAUCCCACGUGGUGCCGACAACUUCGUUGCAAUAAACCUUAUCGUACAGCACAUUCAGGACAUACUCAACGGUGGCGUUGGCAAACGCCAAAACGGACACGUGAACGGUCACGUGACCCCCCGACAGAGGCGCUCGUCCGAGUCCAGCAGACCGCACUGACCUCGUCGCGUCCCUCCUUCUGAGGAGGGUGGAGGCCGGCCUUGUGAAACGCCAUUCAAUGCUCUUUCAUCGACUCUGGAGGGCCAAGGCCACUUGAGCUGGCUGAUAUGAGAUUUUUUUUUUUUUUUUGCAUUUACCUUCUUAUUUUUCUGCCCAGCUUGAGUUUGGGAAUGUUUUCUGUUCUUCAUUGUCAUCGUCAUCCUUAUUUGUAGAAAACAGUGUUUCAUUGCUCAGACUAAAAAAAAAAAAAAAACACUCCAGGUGUUGGAACGCUGUGAUUGAGUUCAAAUGGGUGAGAGAGAGAGAGCGAGAACGUGUGUGUGUGUGUGCGUGUGUGUGAGAUGCCUUUAGAAACUUGAAGUCAGAACUCAGGAAGAGUUAACACAAAGGCUGGGGUUUCUCCUAAACGCCAAAAAUGUUUACGUCCCACCCUUUAUAAGGUGUGCAUGUGGUCACGUUUUCUGACUCUGCUCUACUGAUGGUUUUAUACCAAAGUCUUCGUGAAGAUCUUCUCCACAAGACGUGUUACAAGACGGAGUGUUACAAAAACACAGCUGCUCCCAUUAGCGGUCACUUGAAAGCUAAUUGUAAUGCGUAAUUGUACUCUUGAAUAAAAUCUCAUGUUAUAUGACUUUUUCCUUCUGAUGUAUUUGACUUUGUGCAUUAAAAAAAUCUAAACCAG